AUGAAUUGCCGAUGUAUGAUAAAACGUAGUUUUCCAAUAUAUUUUUUAAUUUUAACCCCCACAUUGAUCCAUUGCUAUACAAUUAGAAAGUCCCAAGUACCUAUAGUAAAAAGGGUGUACAAGGGCCCCGGUGCAAAAGUGGCCAAAAGACUCAAAAUACAGUAUGGUCUAAACUCUGAUUUUCAAGUCCGCAACCUGAGGAGGUAUCUCAAGAAGUACAAACGUGCGGAGGAGAGGAAAAUCAACUAUAAGAAUCUAAAACUAGAAUCUAAACGUUGUAUUACGGAUAAAAGUGUUGGUAAAGCUAAACAAAAAACGUCUGAAGGACUUAAGAGGCGUACAAAUGUGAUUCAAGAUAGCCCCUUUGGUAAAAUAACUAUCAAGGGUCAGUUAACCUCUCCAACUGGAAAAAUCAAAUCGCAUGAAAUAUCGCAAAAAAUUAACUCAUCUAAUAAGAAGUUAUCACUGUCUAAUAUCAGUUUGGACGUGGCAGGGGAGAUUCACAAUGGCACAGCCGCUGGCAUUAAAAUAGGAUCAUUUGACCAUUCUCAGAUAAAAAAUGUCCACUUUGUGGGCAGUUACUUCCAUACAAUGGAUUUACCUGCCUUGGGCCUCGCCGAGGUUUGUUUGGUAGGACCCAGCAAUGUUGGUAAAUCAUCCUUCAUCAACUCAAUGCUGAACUAUGCCAUUGGCACUAAUGAAACAAUUGCUUAUGUCAGUAAGACACCUGGAUAUACCAAGUCUAUCAACUUGUUCAAACUAACUGAUAGGAAGGGGAAUGGAAUAAUAACCUUAGUUGAUUUACCUGGUUAUGGGUACACGGCGCUAAAGGACCCAGUGAAACUUAAACAGAUGAGAAGUUUCUUAUCAGCAUACAUUAAGAGAAGGAAUGAAUUGAAACUGAUACUAUUUUUGGUGGAUUCAAAUGCGUUGACCAGUAACGAUGUAAAGGUGAAGGGGCUUUUGGAUAACUUAUCAUUGCCACACUUGACAAUAGCUACUAAGGUGGAUAAGAUACCACCUACAAAAAUACCAGGGAUGUUAAUUACUGUACGAAAGACUUUGAACAUAAUUUCACCAUUGCCUGUGUUGUAUUCCAAAUAUUUGCCCAGUAAUAUGUAUUCAAUAUGGAAAGCAGCUUCACUGGCUGCAGAUGACGCCUAUGAACAAUCAAAGAUUGGACUGUACGAUCACUUCCAAAACGCCCAGACUGAAGAUUCUAUGGACAUAUUCGUCAAAGAACAAUCAGGUGCCUCGCUUAAGGAGUUAAAACGCAUCAUUCUGAACAACUACAGCCUUCUGCCGGAGAGCUUGAGAGGAACUAGUCUUGAUAACAUGGAUAGGGAGGGCCUUUUGGGUCUGCUCAAAACAAUUACAUCAAAAGCAUCAACACUUCCCAUCAAAUCCAUUGUCUAUUGA